AUGCCUUUGGCAUGUUUGACAGACUUUCAGGCUUUUGCCCGGGAGCGUCUGCCCAAGUCAACUUGGGAUUUUAUUGAAGGCGGAGCAGAUGACAGCUUCACGCGGGAUGACAACAUCGCAGCCUUUAAAAGAAUCCGCCUCCGUCCCCGGUACCUGAAAAAUGUGGUAAACGUGGACACCCGGACCACAAUCCAAGGGGAGGAAAUCACUGCCCCCAUUUGCAUCUCACCCACGGGUUUCCACUGCCUUGUCUGGCCGGAUGGAGAAAUGAGCACAGCCAGAGCGGCCCAAGCAGCCGGGGUCUGCUACAUCACCAGCACAUUUGCCACCUGUGCCCUGGAGGACAUUGCUGCCACUGCCCCCAGGGGCCUCCGGUGGUUCCAACUCUACGUGCAUCCAGACCGGCAGCUCAGCAAACAGCUGGUCCAGAGGGUGGAAUCCCUGGGUUUCAAAGCUCUGGUCGUCACUGUGGAUGUGCCCAAACUGGGCAACAGGCGACAUGACAUCCGAAACCAACUGGACUUAAAGCUGAACUUACUGCCCAAAGACCUUCGCUCGCCUAAGGAGAGAACUUCAAUGCCUUAUUUCCAGAUGUCCCCCAUUGACUCAUCCAUCUGCUGGAAUGACCUCUCCUGGCUUCAGAGCAUAACUCGAUUGCCCAUUAUCCUUAAAGGGAUCUUGACAAAAGAGGACGCAGAGUUAGCCGUGAAGCACAACGUCCAUGGCAUCAUUGUUUCCAACCAUGGUGGGAGGCAGCUAGAUGACGUUCUUGCUUCUAUUGACGCCUUGGCAGAAGUGGUGGCUGCUGUGAAAGGGGCAAUGGAAGUGUAUCUGGAUGGUGGGAUCCGAACUGGCAACGAUGUGCUCAAGGCUCUGGCCCUUGGGGCUAAGUGUGUGUUUCUGGGGAGACCAAUCCUGUGGGGUCUUGCCUACAAGGGUGAAGAUGGUAUUAAGGAACUUUUGAACAUUAUAAAAAACGAGUUCCACACUUCCAUGGCCCUCACAGGUUGCCAGUCAGUUGCAGACAUCAAUCAGGACAUGGUCCAGUUCUCCAGGCUGUAA